AUGGAAGGCCUCGUCACCAAAGAUGAGAUAUUCAGCCAUCCAGCGUCAGGAGACCCAAUGCAGUCCGGAUACGUUCAAGAUCGACCGCAGAGCAGUGAUAAUAAUUCAGCUGCAGAGAGGAAACAGUUAGAGACCAGACUGACUAACCUGACGACAGAAAAAGACCAGUUGCACCAGAGCUACGAUUCUGUGACUGCUGAAAGAGAUGAGCUCAAGAGGGAACACAAUCAGCUGGAAACCAAUCACAAUAUCCUGCGGAGAGAAAAGGGGGAGCUGCUGAAGAAGAUCGACAAAAUAACAGCCCGGCCCUGUCAGACCGGCUGGAGCAAGUUCGACAUCAGCUGCUACUUUGUCUCAUCGGUUUUUAAAAACUGGACGUCAAGCAGACAAGAGUGCAUCGACCAGGGAGCGGACCUGGUGGUCAUAGACAGCCUGGAGGAACAGGAAUUUCUCAAUAUGUUAAUGCAGAAAGACCAAAAUGCCUGGAUUGGUCUGACUGACAGUCUGAAGGAGGGGACUUGGAUGUGGGUGGAUGGGCGCAACGUCACCACAAAGUUCUGGCAGCCCGGGCAGCCCAACAGCUACAACGGGAACCAGGACUGUGGAGAAAAUAUUCAGAAGACCACAGGAGUCGGACAGUGGAACGAUGACGGAUGUUUCGCUGUACAGAACUGGAUCUGUGAGAAAUAA